AUGGCCGCCCGCCUUCCUCUUGCCAGCUUCCACCGCCGUCUCCUCCUUCCCUUCCUCUUGGUGCUGUCCGGGAUUGGGCUUUCUCGGGCCGCCGCCACAGCCCUCGGAGCUAAGGAUAGUAGUGAGGUGUCUGAAGGCACCAUUGCCUGGAAUGAAGACAUCCUGAAAUGGUGGGGGGAAUGGAGCUCCUGGUCCACUUGUUCACGUACCUGUGGAGGAGGAGUAAUGUCUAGGGAGAGACACUGUCUUCAACAGAGGCUACUCAUGUCUCCGGGGACAAGCAACAUCAUGUGCACAGGUCAGUCCAAGGACUAUCACCUUUGCCACCAACAGCCUUGUCCAGCCAACUCAGACAGCUUUAAACAACAGCAGUGUGCCAUUUUCAAUGGCAAAGCCUUUGGCAAACACUACUACCACUGGAUCCCUCUUUACUCAGAUGAUUACAUUAGCAUCUCCAACAGACCCUGUGACCUCCAGUGUACCACCAAGGGUGGGGAGAGGCAGCUGAUGGUCCAAGCACAAGAUGGGACCUCCUGCAAGGACCGGAUGUAUCAAGGUGUCUGCAUCAAUGGCCAGUGUGAGCCAGUUGGGUGUGACGGUAGCCUCCACUCCUUCCAGAUGAUGGACAGGUGCCGGGUUUGUGGCGGGAAUGGCAGCACAUGUCACCGAAUUUCAGGGAGCUUCCGAAAAGGGAUCUCACAGUUAGGUUAUGUUUUUGUCACCAAUAUCCCUGUUGGUGCCACGGAUAUCCUUAUCAUCGAGCGCAGGAAGACGGAAAACAUCCUUGCACUGGCAGAUGAAGCUGGGCACUUCUUCUUCAAUGGGAACUCUGUUGUGGACCCUCCUCAGAACUUCCGAGUGGCUGGAACUGUGUUUAAGUACAGGCGUCCACCUAACCUGCACUCUGAAGGGCUGGAGUAUAUUAUUGCCCAGGGUCCCACCAACCAGUCCUUGAAUGCCAUGUAUUAUAAUUUCAAUGGGAAGGUAUCUCACAUAUCUUAUGACUUUACGGUGCCUCGGGAUCAGGUGCUAGCUCUCCACACAGCCACUCCAGCUCCAGAGCCUCCCCUCUCUGUCCGUGGCUCAAAUUCCUAUGGCCACCAGAGCCAGGAUUUGGAUUCACCUGAGCCUGGACCAUCUGCUGGCUUCAAUACCACUUGGGUCUCUGCCAAUUCCCCAAAGGAGGUAGAUGGCCAUAUCUCACUGGGAGGAGACACCAGGAAGCGCCACAGAAGCUUUGCCCACAGGAAUGGUGCUGAUCAGGCUGGAAAUUGGGGCCAGUCUAUGGCAGAAGAGGAGGAGAAGCUUCGUUUUCAGGUGGAACAAGCAUAUCCUACCAUCAAGGAAGGAGAAACAGAGAUGACAGUCGUUGGUGGAGAAUUAGACUUCACCUUCCAAUGGAGCCAGGUUUCCACCAGCACUGCCAUUCCAUACUCUAUGAUUGGUCGGGGUAUCCUGGAGAGGGGGCAGGCUGGGAUGACCCAAUGGCACGCCUUUCGGAAGCUUUGUCACCGGGAUUCCUGGAGGUCUUCCUUCUGUCGAAAACUGCAGCAACUUACCACUCCAGUGGUUAGGAGGAACUCGACCCUAGAGCCAGAAAUCCAGUCAACCAGAGGCUGGCAGGAAGGAUUACCCCGAAUACCCACCUCUAAGACCUUUCUAGAAGACUUGCUAAAGGCUGAGGCAGGAAGCAAACAAAAGGAGGAGAUGGUUUCUACAAGCCCUACCAUAGUAGCUGCUGAACAGAGCCCUACAUCUGAUUUGAGUGUCCAGGUGGGCUUGGGCCUUGAACUUCAGGCACAGCCCCUCCAGUCUCCUGGCAUGGAGAGCAAUGAUUUUAACGUGAGUCCUCUGGGGCAUGACGACAUCAGCCGGGCUGAUAUGUAUCGCUGGAAGGUCUCUGCCCAGGCCCCCUGCAGCUCCACCUGUACUUCAGCAGGUAUCAGCGCCUCCUAUGCCAUGUGUGUACGUUAUGAUGGAGUAGAAGUGGAAGAGGCUUACUGUGAUGCGGUGACCCGACCAGAGCCUGCCUAUGAGCUCUGCACAGGGAGGGAUUGCCAGCCCAGGUGGGAGACAAAUCGAUGGAGUGAGUGUUCGAGGACUUGCGGUGAGGGGCACCAGGCCCGCACGGUCCGAUGCUGGAGGAUGCUGGCCCCUGGCUUUGACAGCUCAGUCUAUGAUGAGUUAUGUGUGGCAGCUGGGUUGGCACGGCCAGUGGAAAAGAAAGCCUGCAGGAACAAGGCUUGUGGUCCCCAGUGGGAACUCUCUGAAUGGUCUGAGUGCUCAGCUCCAUGUGGUGGUCAAGGGACCAUGAGGAGAGAGGUGCGCUGCUCAGUGGGGUUGUCACUGUGUAAUGAGGCCACGAAGCCAGCUAGUGAGAAGGAGUGCCUGGGGCCACCCUGUGAUCGGCAGUGGACUGCUUCUGACUGGGGACCGUGCUCAGGUGCCUGUGGUGAGGGACGGAUGAGCCGAAUCAUCUCAUGUCGAAACCUGGAGGGGAAGGUGAUCUCAGGUUCUCAGUGUGAUCCCACCACAAAACCACUGGCUGUUUACCCUUGUGGAGGCUGGAACUGCCCUGCCCAUUGGGUGGAACAAGGGUGGGAACAGUGCAAUGCCAGCUGUGGCCGAGGGGUAAAGGUCCGGAGGGUGCUAUGUGCAGGACUGGAGAAUGGAGUAUUCCGUGAGUACCCUGAAGGGCACUGUGAUAUUUCCCAGAAACCUGAGGUACAGGCACCUUGUUUCAAGAGACCCUGUUCCAUCUGGUUCACCACAGCCUGGUCUCAGUGCAGUAAGACUUGUGGUGUGGGACUGAGGCUACGAGAGGUCAAAUGUUACCAAGGAGAGGAGUUGGGCCAGGGAUGUGAUCCCACAUCCAAACCUGAGGCCAAGCAGACAUGCCAGGUACAGCCAUGUCCUACGGAGGUGCCAGGUGAAGAUUGUGAGGACAAAGCCACAGCCAACUGUGCCCUGGUGCUAAAGGUGAAGCUGUGCACACAUUGGUACUAUCGAAAAGCCUGUUGUGGAGCCUGCCGUGGUAAAGCUCCCUGA